AUGCCUGCCGUCAACCUGAAAGACCAUGGCGAUGCCCAACUUGAGGCAGGACUACUGAGGACACAAGAAGAGGAGAAGAUUCCAUUCAUCUCGCCUGGACUUGACCAGACUCGGACCGGACUAGCACCUUGCCAGCUGGAGACCUCCCCGGAUUCUGGAAAGAUGUCAUCCCGGAAGCGACUGGUGAUGAUUCUGAUGCUGAGUGUGGUUAUUGGAUUUGGAUUAGCUUUGGCUAAGGACCCGUCCCUUCCUUCAUCAUGCCUAGGAUGGGCUCGUGGAAACGAUCAUUUUCACACAAAAACCGCUCGUUCGUUUCUCGGAAAGCGUGCUGAUGCUUCAGUAACCAAUGCUACAACACCUGGGCAGACAUCAGAGCAAGGCGGCUCUGGUGCCAGAUCAGAACAAUCGACUACCAACCCACCUGUGACCACGACGUCGCCCAAAGAUGAGACCACGACAAGCACCCCUCCUCCGUCAACUACUAGUCACACUUCAACAUCAACCCCUACUAGUAUUCAGGAAACGUCGACCAGCUCUCCAUCACCGUCAACUCACACAACACCUGCAACCUCUACAACACCAAGCUCGACUCCCACAAGCACCUCGACCACCUCCCGCACUCCGGAAUCCACUUCCUCUGAAAAAACGACGGCUACUACGGCAGAAAGCACUACGUCCAAGAUUCAGAAGACCAUCACGACUGGCCGAAUCGCAACGACCAGCCCUGUAGCUCAGACAUUGACCACUACAUUGCCCGAUGGCGGCACUCUCACCAUUACAUCUACGUCGUGGGUCGCCAUUGUGCCAACUGACAAGUCCAGCAGCAGCUCUGGGCCACAGCUUCAGAACGCGGCCUCUAAAUCUCAUGGCCAUGUAAUGCUCGCAUUGACGCUUGGAGCACUUGCAGUCGGCAUGGUAUUUAUCUAA